GACGAAUUGGAACGUCGCAUCCGUGAGUUGGACGAUGAGCUGGCUGAGCAGAAGCGAAGCGCCGCACGUUCCGAGUCAGAUCUGGCUGAACUCAAACGCAAACAUCAAUCCGAGAUCGAUAAACUCAAAGCGGAUAUGUCGCAUCUCUACGAUAAGCAUCAGAAUGAUUUGGAUGAAGAGAAAGAACAAUACAAUAAGAAUUUGGAUGCAAUUAAAGUGGUCGAAGAUGAACUCCGCGAUCGGCUGAUCAUUGCCGAAAAGAAACUCGCCGAAGCACAAAANACUGAGCUGGAACGUGAGAACAGAGAGUUGGAUGAGAAAUAUCAAGCUUUAACAAAUCACAUUCAUAAAUUCAAAGACGAUCUGGAUGAGGCUCGAAAUGAAGCUGAAAAAGAGAUUCAAAAGUGGAAAACCGAUGCGUAUUCGGUUCGAUCCGAAAUGAAGGCCAUCGAGGCCAGUAACUCGGCCAUGAAAACCCAACUUGCGGCCGCUAACGACCGUUGUGAUUCGCUCAACAAAACAGUCAACGAUCAGAACGCCAAAAUACGAGAAUUCAACAACCAGAUUCGUCACCUCGAAGAAGAGCUAUCCGAUGCCAAGUCACUGCUCUCCUCAAGAGAUGCCGACCUACAGAGCGCUACCAAUCGUAUGCAUUCACUUGAGGAACAAUUCGCUGCCUUACAAUUGGAACACAGUAAAACUCGAACUGAAUUCGAUACUAUGCAACGUGAGAAUGAAACGCUCAAGGGAGUGAAUACAUCACAAGAAGGUGAAAUCGAACGUCUCAAGAAAAAAUUAGCACAAGCCGAACUAACGCUCAAAGAACAGAAGAAUGCACUUGAUCAUAUGCGUUCUGAGCGUGAACGCCUGCAAAACGCUUAUCGUGAGAAAGUGAAGCAAACCGAUCACCUCAGCCAGCUAGCUCAAUCAUUCGAUGCUAAACUCAGUAAGAUGCGUCAAGAGCUACAGGACAGCUCUGACAAGUUCAUCGCGGCCGAUAGCGAACGAAAUGCGUUACGUUCUGAGCUGAGCAAAUUACAAGAGGAGCUACAAUUCGGUAAAGACCAAAUGGUACGUAAAACUGACGAAUUUCAAUCAUCACUCGAGGAUCUGGCGAAUGCACACCGAGCUGCUGAGGACGGACGCUUGAAUGCGUUGCAAGAGCUUGAAUCGCGUAAAUACGAGAUCAAUGACUUACAAGCACGUUUGGAGAACGCCGAACAACGUCUAAUAUCGCUGCAACAAGAAUACAUCAAGGCAGACAGUGACCGUGACAUUCUUACCGAUGCACUACGCAGAUUCCAGUCUUCUGCCAAUCGCGCUCUAACCAUGAAUCGUUUCAGGCAAACCAUUAUCACCCAAGACAUCAAUAGAGCUGAUUCGGAUGAUAUCAAUCUUGAACAGCCCGAUGAGCCAGACUCAGGUCCAUUCCACUCAGUUCCCUUCCCACCAUCAGUCGACUAUCCAUCCGGAGGAGGACCCGGAGAACGUGAGCGGAAUGAGUACCGUGAAACAUUGAAUCGCCUAAAGAAAAAGACGAGCGAUACUCACACGACGAUUAACGAACGCGAGACCAGAUACAAGAGCAUCGAAGAGAAUCUCACGGAUCUCGAAGAUGAAAAGCGUGCUCUCGAGUCCAGAUUGCAGUCUGCUAAACAACUUCUUCGAUCGCAAGAAGAAGCCUUAAAACAACGUGAUGACGAACGACGUCAAAUGAAGUCCAAAGUGGUGGCGACCGAACUCCAAGCUCGUGGUAAAGACGCUCAACUCAGACAUCUCAAU